AUGCCAAGACCCACAAAUAUCUCGAUUCGAUUCUCACGACAAAAAUGGCUCUCAAACAUCACAAAUACAGUAAACAGGGCCAAUAGCAAUAUGCUACUCAACGAACACACGGCCAUCUCAACCACCCCCAUCCUCCUAGUCCCCUAUUCCCACUGGCACGUACCACGUUACCACGAAUGGAUGAAAGAUGAGGAAAUCCAACAAGCAACCGCCUCGGAACCCCUCACCCUAGAAGAGGAAUACGGCAUGCAGCGUAGCUGGCGCCAAGACCCCGACAAACUAACAUUUAUCAUCUGCCAACCUGUAUCUUCAGUUCCGGUUCCAGGACCAGGUGUACAUAGGACCAUCAGAGCCCGAGAAGAUGACGCCGAAGCCAAAAUGCUCGGCGAUAUCAACCUCUUCCUGCGCGUCGACGAGGGCGACGUCGACGAGGAUAUCACAGCCUCCACGGAACGCCUUAUCAUCGGCGAAAUCGAACUGAUGAUUGCUGAAAAGCGGAAUCAUCGACAGGGCUAUGGGAGGGCUGCGCUGCUUUGCUUCAUGCGGUAUAUCAUUGAGCAUGAGGCUGAGAUAUUGGGUGAGUUUGUGCCGUCUACGUUUGCGUGCGGGACGGUGGGGGAGAAGUCGAAGGUGUUGCUUACGGGGGAUGGGAAGGGGAGGUGGAAGUUUUCUUGUUUGAGUGUGAAGAUUGGGAAGGGGAAUAAGGCUAGUUUGGCACUUUUUGAGAGUGUGGGGUUUAGGAGGGUUUCUGAGGAGGCGAAUUUCUUUGGGGAGAUUGAGUUGAGGAGGGAGAGGGGGGACUUGGGGGGUGACAGGGUUAGGGAGGGGGUUGAAGGGGGUGUUGGAGGGUAUGUUGAGUUGGAUUAUGUUCAGUAG